CCAUCCUCCCAGCGGACGGCUGCUCUCCGGCGGCGCUGCCCAACUGGGUCUGGGUCCUCUGCCAGACUUUGUCCGCGGCAUGUGUAGCCCCAUCCAGGAAGAAGCUCUGUGCUGUGCGGAUCGUGAGUUUGCUCAAGGAAGUCAGACUCUUCACAAGGAAUAACUAGACGAGAGAAGCAGCAUGGACGAGCUGGCACCAGUAGAAGGCGAGGGCCAGCUCCCAAGCCCUCACCACCAGGGCUCUCUGAGGAAGGCUGUGGCUGCUGCCUUGGCCCUGGAUGGGGAAUCCACAAUGGGUCGCAGGAAAAAGAAGAGGAAAGAGUCCCGCCCUGAAUCUAUCAUCAUCUACCGGUCAGAAAAUGAGAAACUAGAUGAGGGGCCUGGGGAAUCAGAAAGUGGAGACCGGCCUAAAGAAGAGGAGGGAGAUGAUUUCCUAGAUUAUCCUGCAGAUGAAGGGAUGUGGAACAUGCCUUUGGACAGCCGCUAUGUCACGUUAACUGGCACCAUCACACGAGGAAAGAAAAAGGGCCAGAUGGUGGACAUCCAUGUCACACUGACAGAGAAGGAGCUGCAAGAAUUGACGAAGCCUAAAGGGUCAUCAAGGGAGAUAACACCUGAAGACAGAAAGGUCUGCCAUAUGGGAGCAGAUCGUGGGCCCCAUGUGGUCCUCUGGACACUGGUCUGUCUGCCUGUGGUCUUUAUCCUCUCUUUUGUUGUCUCUUUCUACUAUGGCACGAUCACCUGGUACAACAUCUUCCUUGUGUACAAUGAGGAGAGGACCUUCUGGCACAAGAUCUCAUGUUGCCCCUGCCUCAUUCUCUUCUAUCCAGUGCUUAUCAUGGCCAUGGCCUCUUCCCUGGGCCUCUAUGCUGCUGUGGUCCAGCUCUCAUGGUCCUGGGGAGCAUGGUGGCAAGCUGCCCGGGACAUGGAGAAAGGCUUCUGUGGCUGGCUGUGCAGCAAGCUAGGUCUGGAGGACUGUUCCCCCUACAGCAUUGUAGAGUUGCUUGACUCUGACAAUAUCUCAGGCAAUCUCUCCAACAAGGACCCCACCCAGGAAGUAGAAACUUCCACUGUCUAAACUUCCAACAACUUCCAUCCUUCUCUGGUCCUAGUAGCCUAUAUAUUGUCUCCCAAUUCCAGGAGAUUCUUUCUUUAAAUUAAACCCUUUCCCCUCUCAGUCCCGGAAAAUUCUAGCACACACUGUUCUGUUCUACCAUCUUGGUGGUUCCAGGAGGGCAGGGAACAAAAAAGCAAUUUGUGCCAAAGCAGUCUAUCCACAGACGAAUUCUUUUCAUUCCCUGUCCUAAAAUGACCAUUUAUCUGGGACAGGGAGUACAGUUGUGUGUUACGCUCAGGAGCUUGAAGAUGUUACUGGUGACUGGAACCCAGGGAAGGAUGUGACUAAAUGUGACAGGGAGAAAAAUGAGGCCCAAAGGAGACCAAACUCACCAAAAAGAUAAUACGUAGGUAGGAGAGAAACGCUUAGGAAGCUGGGCUACCAUAGUGCAGCAGAAUGUAAAGAUUUGAGCGUAUCACUUAGAUUUUGGUUUAGUGGCAUAGAAUUCAAAUCCUAAAAUACAAGUGGUUUAAACAAAGUAGAAGUUUCUUUCUUUCUUAUAUAGAAGAAACCUGAAGGCUGAUCAUCAGGGGACCUGAUGAAGUCAUCCAAACCCUAGGCUUUCUUCCCCUACCAUUAGGAUAUAGCCUUCGUCGGCCUUGUCCUCAAAACCUCAGUGGUGACCACAUCUCCAGCCCUCGCAUCCAUGGUUCUUGCAGAAUAGAGGAAGGAGCAAAGACAUGCAUAUUCUCCCUGUUUAAGGAGACUUCCCAGAAGUCUCGCUCAAGCUCAACACUUCCUGUACUUCAUUGGCUAGGCCUUAGUCACGUGACCUCGCAAGCAAAAGAGGCUGGGAAAUGUAGUCUUUUGAUUAGGCAGCUAUAGUUCAGGUUAAAUAUUUGGGUUCUGCUAAUUUAAGCAAAAAGAGAAACAUGGCAAUUUUGGUAGGCAUAAAAGAAUCUCUGCCUCACGGUAAUUAUUUAAAUAUAUUCAGAUCCCAAACUGCUAUUUUGUUUUAUUUAUUUAUUUAUUUAUUUAUUUAGGGCUGAAUGUUACACAGAGAUUUUCUACAUAGAUACUAGUUACAUAUACUAUGUAUAUGCUUUCAGUAGAUAAUUAGCAUCUCAUGUACUUUGCAAUUAGUCUGUAAUGUCAUGUGGUUUCAGGGUUUUUAGAAAGGAAGAGUGGAGAGUUGAAUACAAUUAGUAGCACAACUUUUUUCCUGGUAGUGGAGGCAGGACUGGGUUAUGGUGUUUAAUUUAAUCUAUAUAUUAAAGACUGUGUAGGGAGGAUUUGCAAACUUCCUCCAACAGGGAUCAGUAGCCCUAAGCAUGGAGAAGACAGGGUUAGGUUUCUGUUGUUUGGCAAGACCUCACAGCCUCACUCAGUUGGACCUUAUUGGAGUUUAACCAACAGUAUCUUCACCGUGCUAUGAAAGCGUGUCUUCCUGGCCCCUGGGGGGUGAACACCAGAUGGAUCUAGAUGAAUAGAAUCUGAACUUAUUUUUUUUCUGUUUAAAAUUAUUCCUGAGGGUGUCUUUCUAAUGUCAAAAAAAUCGAAUCCCAAGAGAUCGAGCAGAUUUUGGAGGUUUGGGUCCUCCCAAGAACAGCUGGUGCCCAUUUCUUGUUCCUGUCUCAGGAAGAAGCUACGUUCAGAAUGGCUGUGAAUCAAACCAGACAGGUCAGUACCACUCUCCCACAGAAGGCCACGGACAUUGGCCUGAAGUAUGGGGAACACCCUUUUCAGAAGAACCCCCUUUAAAAAUAGCAACAACAAAAACUAUUAUUAGUUUCACACAAAACAAAACUCUGCCUAGCUGUUUUGAAAGUAAUCUUGGUGCUCUCUGGUGCUUUUGCAGAAAUGUAAACAACUGAAAUGAUGACAAAGAAAAUAAAAAUAAAAUC